AGAAGCAAUCUCAUUUCUAAUAAAAAUUACAUAUAGUGGUUUUUAAUUAAAACACUUAGAAAGCAAAAGUUCUUCUAGGAAAAGUGCUUCUUGUAGAAGCAAUCCGAAUGCAUAUCUCCUAUCGAUGGCUUGUUUGUCCAACACGAUUAACGUGUAAUCUACAGCUAAAUCUUCCAGCCUUCUAGUAGCUUAAACAAGUUUCCAAAUCAUCUCCAAGCUUAACAAGUAGUUAGUUCGUUGAAACUUGCUCAACGAAGGGGAUUAAAAUCGACAAUUAGUUUCUCUAACAAUAGAAUAGCUGCUUAUAAAUAGAGAGUUUCGAUAACAGAUUAACUGUAAUCGGUUAAUUUCGCUAUAAUUAGUGAUCUUCGUCUCAAAGCUGAACAAUGUAAAUUCAAUGAGAAAUCCGCUGUGAUUAUUCUUUCUCCGGAGCUGCAAUUCCUACGUAAAAAGGUCAAAAUGCAGAUGAAGAUUGAGAUAGUCUCUGAAGAUCAAUGUAAACCAUCAUCUCCGACACCAGACCACCUUAAGAGCUACAAACUCUCUCUGCUAGAUCAGAUAGCUCCUAUCUUUUACGUGCCCGUUGUUCUAUUCUACUCAGCUCCUGAAAACAUUGACGAUACCACCAUUGUCGAUAGGUUGAAGAAAUCUUUAUCCGAAACCUUGACCUGUUUCUACCCUUUGGCCGGAAGGAUUGAGGGCAACGCAUCUGUGGAUUGUGAAGAUGGACGAGUUGCCUUCACAAAAGCUAGAGCUCACGUUCAGCUCUCUGAGAUACUAAAAAGUCCAGAAAUGGAUUUAGUGCAACAACUUCUUCCACUUGAUCCCUACAAUAUUAGAACAGACAAGGCGGUUGCAGCCAUGGCCGUCCAAUUGAACUGUUUUGACUGCGGUGGCAUGGGCAUUGGGAUCUGCCUUUCGCACAAGAUUGCAGAUGGUGCAACAUUGUCUUCGUUCCUUGAUGCUUGGGCAACAAGGUCACGCGGUAUUUCAGAAAACAUCACUCCCUCCCUAAAUUCAGCCACCAUGUUUCCACCUAGGGACAAAGAAAUCUUCAUGCCAUCCAAUUUGAUCAAGAGAGAAAAUAUCGUGACAAAGAGGUUUGUCUUUGAUGCAUCCAGCUUAGCCAAGCUGAAAGUCAAAGCAUCCAAGGGUUUGUGCACGGAUGACCGUGCUCCUACUCGUGUGGAAGCUCUGACAGCCCUUAUAUGCAAGUCUAGCAUGAAUGCGAAGAAUGGUACAUUGGGUAAGGGCAGGCCAUCAAUGGCGAUAUCCCAUGUGGUGAAUUUAAGGGAACGAAUGGCUCCACCUUUGCCAGAGCAUUCUUUUGGUAAUAUCUGGCGGUUUGCUGUUGCAUCCAUAAUGAACGAUGAAAGCAACCCAGAGUUGCAUGACUUGGUGGUUCGAUUAAGAAAAGUAAUAAGGAAGAUCGAUGAUGGUUAUGUGAGGAAACUGCAAGGUGAAGAUGGGUUUACACAUGCUUGUGAGCCUCUAAAAGAAACCAGUGAAUUGGUCUCCGAAGGAGAGGUUGAGUUUUUCAGGUUCAGCAGUUGGAUUAGGUUUUCCCUGUACAACACUGAUUUUGGAUGGGGAAAACCCACCUGGGCAUGCAUUCCUAGUGUGCCCAUCAAGAAUGUUGUCAUACUGUUGAGUAGUAGCUCGGGUGACGGAAUAGAGGCAUGGGUGACCUUGGAUGAGGAAGACAUGGCUAAAUUUGAACGUGAUCACGAGCUUCUAGAAUUUGUUUCUGUGGCACCAAGCUCUUAAGCCUAUGUAGCUAGGUUCAUGUCUUCCAGCCAGUCCUAUGC